AUGUCGCCUGCCGUCGCGCUGAUUGGCUUCGAUGCCGUGCUAUGCUCGGAACUGCCUCAACGAGCAGCUGGAGCCGCAAGCACCUUGGCAGCAGUGUGUAGCAUCAAAGCUUUGGUUUGGCGCGACCGAAAAAAGAUGCAGGACCGCAUCUCGGUCUGCGUUGUUGAUAAUGAAAGAUACCACUUGCCGAACCAGCUUCUCUUUGCUGAAGUCGCUCAAGGAUUGCCACCUGAACAGCCCUACGGACUGUAUCUGGCUCGGCAUGGUGUAAAGAGGCCGAAUGCGUGCCCGCUGGCUACGGUCGAGCUUUCUGCCUCGUCGACGUCAACCAAUAUUGGGUGA